UUUUGCGAAGAAUCGCGCGAUUCCGACAAAAUUGAGGUGGAACUGGUUCGUGUGGGCACUAUUAAGGUGGAUGUGUCCCACUGUUCCCGUGAAUUCUUUAGGAACCGUAGGGUGUGGUUAGUGGCCUAUAAGAUCCCUAAAGACAGUUCCAGCAGAGAGGAUGACAUCAAAGCCUCAAUCAUCCGUUUGUUUAAAGCUCCGACACCAGAUAUAGUGAAGAAAAGAAUGAACACAACGACCUCGACUCAAAAGUAUCCGAUUUGGAACUAAUACUCAUAAUAGUGUUGGCAAUACUUCUAUUCAUAACGUUUAUACUUUUGGGUAUCUUGUUGUAUAU